AUGGGUCGCCUAUACAACUGGGGCUGUGCCAUGGUGGCUGGAUCCGGUAGCAUGCUCUACGGCUAUGAUGCAGCCAUCAUCGCUUCGACAUUUGCUCAGACCGGCUUCAUAGAUUACUUCAAGCCCAAUGCGACAGUAAUGGGGGCGAUCGGAUCGAGUUACUUUGGCGGCGUCGUUCUUGGCCUGGUCCUCAUCACCAUGAUCGCCCAGAGGCUGGGUAGGAAAAGAUCCAUACAGGUCGGCGGCGUGAUAGGUCUCGUCGGCGCCAUCAUGCAGACCGCCGCUCAAGACAUUGCCGUCUUCUUUGUCGGCCGGGUUAUCGCAGGAGCGUCGUCUGGCAUCAUGUUGACCACUGUCAACGUGUACCAGUCUGAAAUUGCACCGCCCAAGGAACGAGGUGCCAUGGUCGCGUUCCAGCUUCUCGUCCUUUCCGCAGCAGGAGCCCUGGCGUCGUGGGUCGGAUACGCAUGUCACUUCUCAUCCAAUGCCACCUUCUCUUGGCGAUUCCCUAUAGCUCUUCAGAUGCUUCCGGCCAUAGCUCUCAUCAUAGGAUGCUUUUUCAUUCCUUUCUCCCCCCGAUGGCAAGCCCAGGCGGUUCUGAAAAGAUUACAUGAUGACCACGAAGACCCGCUCUUCUGGGAAAAGGAGUACCUGCAAAUAUCCGCGCAGCUGGCUGAAGAGGCCAGAGAGAAAGCCACAAGCUCUUGGGUUCAUAUGCUCACCAACAAGAAAGAAUUGAAGCGAACUUUGGUCGCGGUUGCGGCACUUACCUGCCUGCAAACAAACGGCGCGCAGACUAUCCAAGUAUAUCAGUCGGUGCUUUACUCAAACUUGGGCUUUUCCGUUGGACAAACGUUGCUGAUGGCCGGUGUUUUCCAAAUCAUCUUGACCGUAGGCUGUCUUCUGGGCUUGUUCUUGGUCGAUCGAGCUGGUCGAAGAAGACUCUUUCUGGGCAGCUUCAUUGUCCUGUCAAUAUGUCUCGGGAUAUUUGCAGCCUGUUCUGCCAAAUAUGAAUCCACUGGUCGUUCAAGCUAUGGUAAGGGAGGGGUGGCAAUGGUCAUGAUCUUCAUCUUCUUCUUUGGGUCCAUCUCCGGAACACCUUAUGCAUAUGCCGCAGAAGUCUUAGCCACCAAGAAUAGGGCGACCGGGUUUGCCAUGGGACUCUUCAGCUCCAACGCAAUCACCAUUAUAUUCACUCAGACCGCGCCAAUGGCCUUGGAAGCAAUCAGCUGGAAGUUUAAUUUCGUUUUCAUCGGAUGUAACCUCGUUUUCUUCCCCAUCGUCUUCUUUUACUUUCCUGAGACCAAAGGCCUAACAUUAGAAGAGGUCAAUUCGGUCUUUGGGGAAAAGGUCCAGGUGCAGCUUUCCAGCAUUAGCCACGAAGCAGCAGAAAAACAAGUCAUCCAAACAACUGAAAUGAUAAAGUCUGGGGCGUCAGCCUGA